GUCACCAUCAGGGAAACAUGGCGGCGCCCAUGGAGCUGUACUGCUGGAAGGGAGACGGGGGACUUCCCACAGUGGACGUGGAUUGUCUGACCGUGCUGACAUAUGCCAAGUUCUCAGGAGCUCCUCUGAAGGUUCACAAGAUCUCCAACCCAUGGAAAAGCCCCUCAGGUCAGAUGCCUGCUCUAAAGACGCAGGAUGAAGGAGUCAUCUUUCAGAACACUAAAAUUAUUAACUAUUUAAGGAAACAGAAAUACAAUGCAGAUUACGACCUGUCAGCCAAACAGGGAGCUGAUACGCUGGCAUUUAUAUCUCUGCUGGAGGAGAAGCUGCUCCCAGCCCUGAUUCACACAUUUUGGGUGGAUGCCAGGAAUUAUGUGGAGCACACACGCAAGUGGUAUGCAGAAUUAAUCCCUUUCCCCCUGAAUUUCUUUAUUCCAAACCAAAUGCACAAGAGAGCGUUGGAACGCCUGCAGCUGAUCAGGGAAGAGAGCUGGGCAGAGGAGGAUGAUGCCUUAGAGAAACAGCUCUACGCAGACGCACAGGAAUGCAUGAGUUUAUUAUCGCAGCGACUAGGAACAAAGAAAUUCUUCUUUGGAGACUCGCCUGCCUCUCUUGAUGCACACAUUUUCAGCCAUUUAGCGCUAAUUCUGAACACUAAACUACCCAGCAACAGGUUACAGCAACACCUGAAGACACUGAAUAACCUGUGUCAAUACUGCAACUCCAUACUCGACAUUUACUUUGAACGGGAAGGAGACAGCAUUCCUCGUGUGGCCCCAAAAACACCAACUGCAGAGACACCAGAUUCUGACGAGGAACCCCACAAACGGCGUAACCAGAUCCUUUCGGUGGCAGUUGCUCUUCUGGCUAUGGUUGGAUACGCUGUGCUAACUGGGAUUGUCUCAAUCCAGCAUAUGGCGUCAGACUCUGCCCUUGAACGACGUCUCACAGUGGAUGACAAUGAAGAAGAUGAGGAGUGAGACAGAGUGGACCAUUUUAGUUCCCAAGACACUUUGCAUUCCGUACCCUUAACUACAGGGGGCUGGAGAUCACCGGACUCAGCUUAUUUUUGGACUUCAAACAUUAAAAUUUAUGAUUUCUCUUA